AUGGCCGCGGGGCGCUGGCUUGGAGGCAGUCGGACUGCAGUGCUGGGGCUUGGACUAGGCCUGAGGAGAUGCCUUGUGGGCCACUGGCGGGAACUGCCUGGCUUGACAGGUGCACGGUCGCGCUUUGUGCGGACGGGCAGGCCGCGGGACCGCAUGCACGGUCCCUCGGACGCGGUGGCGGGUGGCCUGGGGCGCCUGGCGCCGCCUGUGGCUGAGGGUCGCCCCGUGCAGGAGGAGAGUCCUGAGGAUUUGGAGGAGCCCAGCGAGGUGGGGUCUCUGCUGGCAGUGGCCCCGACGCUCCACAAGUUCGCGGGCCUGGAGCCGCUGCCAGCUGACGCCCUGGACCAGGAGGACUCCGACCCGCCCUCAUUGUCCAUCAAGGACGUCCGCAAGUUGUCGCCCCCCCCGCGGCGCUACGUGCGGGCGCCCCCCACGCUGCUCCAGCGGCUCGCAGAGGUCGACAAGCUAGAGGGAAAGGGCCGCGAGCGCCAGAAGAAGCGCCGCGGGCAGUUCGAGUUCAAUGACGACGAGCCCAUCCGAGUGCGGGUGCUGGAUGUGGACGCGCUGCCACUGGAAGAGCUGCACAGGGCCUUCAUGUACACCUUGGUACGGCGCAGGCCUGCCGAGGUCUGCGUGCGGGUGGCCUCACGUCUGGCCAUGUUCCGGGAUAAGCCGGGGCAGCUGGCCUACGAGAAUAUGGUCCGGGACUGCUCCUGGCACUUCGGCGCCACCCACGGGCCGGAGCUGCUGGCGCUCUUCACGCGCUGCUACUCCACCAUCUCGGUGCCCUUCAUGCUGGAUUACACCCGCCAGUUUGGCCACUUCUCCCGGAAGUUCCUGGCGGAACAGGUGGAGAAGAGCUUGCGACCUGGCUUUCUUGACUUCAUGCGCUACCAGGACCAAGGAGGUGUUCGGAAGCUGCCACUGACUAUCUCCAAGCCUUGGUCGCUGCAGGCGUACACGCGCCUCAUGAUGAAGAGCUACUUGAAGAGCCGUAUCUACGAGCAGCUGAAGCUGCAUGGCCACAUCCCCGAGGUAGACGAGGAUACCGAUCCUGACAUGCCGGUGGAGGCGAGGGUCAUGGAGCAGCUCAGCCGCCACGGCGCCUUGAAGGUCCCCGAGCCUUCGGCCCCGCGAGCGCCGAAGCCGAAGCCGGAGCCGGAGCCGGAGCCGGAGGUUCCGCGGCCGGCUCUCUUGGAUGCCAUCAUGGAGGCCCGGGCUCGCACUCUUGGCUGA